CCGUAGUUGGAGCCGUGUACUUGGGCCAAUAGUAACCGUACGACAUCGUCGAGUACACGCCGUGCGCUUCUUAACGUCAGUCUCGUCGUGGUGCUCCAUCUUCGCACGUCUUGUAACGUCACGUCACGAAAGGUGGACGCGUAGCGAGCAGACAAUCUGCGAGGGUCGAUUGUCAAUUCGCGUGAGGAUUACGAUCCUUCUGAUUACGCGCGUUGCCUGUAAGACGGGACAAUCGGCGCGUCGAGGUACUCGUGGUGAACGCGUUUAAAGACCGCGCGAAAGCUGCAACUCUUCUUCGGCACUCGGAGCCCGCAGCGGAACUCGCGUAGGAAGAGCAGCAGCAGCAACGCCACAGCUCCAGGCGCCUUCGAGGCGAUUCUUCGCCGCGAGGGCAACUACCUGGGCGGCAAUCAUCGUCCUCGACCAGCACGACGAGCAAUUAGGUCGUGUCGGGUGAGGAACGACAUCGCGAACGAGACAGGACGAUAAGAGGUCACGCCAUGCCGGCAGGUAUUGGCGCUUCGUACAGGUCGUUAGGCGACCUGGGCGAAGACGUUUACAAAAGCACGACCAUCGUCGACCAGACACAGACUACCAGCCAGAGUGUGCUCGAGUCCGUCAAGAAGGCUUUUAGCUUCGCCUCGCCAAAGGUUGAGGUCCGGAAGAAGGACCCGUUGAUCGAAGACCGUCGCGAAAGCAUCUCGAUUGUCUCAAGGGAGAAAAACAAGAUGCCGACAGCAGCCACUGCCGAGGAAUCUGCUCUGUUGGGCACGAUGCCUUCCGAUAGCAUGGAUGACAUUGAGCUGAAGAACAUUCAGUUGCAAUUUCCGGCAUUGCGAUAUCUCUCUAGAGAUGACGGCUCUGUGCGAGAAGAAAGGGUGGAGACCGACAAGGGAAGUUUGCUGGUAGCGGUGCAAGGAAAUCGAGCAAAACCAGCUAUCCUCACUUAUCACGAUCUAGGCCUUAACUAUAUUUCGAGCUUCCAGGCAUUCUUCAAUUACAUCGAUAUGCGUGUUUUACUCGAAAACUUUUGCGUAUAUCACGUAAACGCUCCCGGACAAGAGGAAGGCGCGCCGACGCUACCUGAAGAUUACACUUAUCCGUCCAUGGAAGAGCUUGCCGAACAGCUGCUCUUCAUUCUCGGCCAUUUUGGCAUAAAAUCCGUAAUUGGUUUUGGGGUCGGUGCCGGCGCCAAUAUUCUGGCAAGAUUUGCACUUGCCCAUCCGGAGAAAGUAAAUGCACUGUGUCUGAUAAACUGCGUAUCCACGCAGGCAGGAUGGAUCGAAUGGGGUUAUCAAAAAUUGAACGUGCGCCACCUGAGAUCGCAGGGCAUGACGCAAGGUGUUCUUGAUUAUCUGAUGUGGCAUCAUUUCGGCAGGGGGACCGAAGAGCGGAAUCAUGAUUUGGUUCAAGUAUAUAAGAACUACUUUGAGCGUCGCGUGAACCCAACGAAUCUCGCAUUACUCAUCGACAGUUACCUUCGUCGCACGGAUUUGAAUAUAACGAGGGAGCUGGACCCAACGCGUAAGAAGGAAGGAUUGACGCUUGGUGUACCGGUGAUGAAUAUCACGGGUGCUCUAAGCCCUCACGUCGACGACACCGUAACGUUAAAUGGGCGCUUGGAUCCAACAAAUAGCUCUUGGAUGAAGAUAUCGGAUUGCGGUAUGGUAUUGGAAGAACAGCCGGGUAAAGUCAGCGAGGCAUUCCGACUAUUUCUCCAGGGCGAAGGAUAUGUGGUGAGAUCCCCGCGGAAGCCCGUGAAGCCGACAACACCCGAAGUGGCCCCGCUGUCGCCGUUAAAAAUGGCUGACUACCGACUGGCUUCGUUAGAAGGAUUGAAUCACAUUUGCAGCAAGAAGAUCGACUGGCCUACCGCGACCAUACACAUCACGGAGAAUCCGAUAUCGGAGGCAGUCGUCUGUUAAAUGUUAAUCGCUGAAUUUCAUCAUUACCAUGAUUUUCGUUACGCAAAUAAGCAUAAUCGGAGGAUAAUGCAACUUGAUUGAUAUCGACAACUUAGAAAGGUUUCGUCGGGCAACGAUCCUUCGCGGUACUAAUCGUUGAUUCCUUUUUCGGAGCUUAUGUCGGCACGACAUUUAUUUUAAUCGCGAUUUGCGCUAGAUCGACCAUACGCAUGCGUAAUAAAUGUUUAAUUCUAAAUAAUUAUAAGUUAAAAGCUUUAACAAAGGAAUUUACUAUAUUUAAGAGACAUUCAGAUGUUUUAUCUAUUACACUUGUGCGAUGUUGCUAAGAAUAUCGAUUUAUUAAGGAUAAAUAAGAAAAUAAUGUUAUUUCCAAGUUGUACGAUCAAACAUACGUUGAAUUUUAUUUUUAAGAAAUUCAACGAACGGUGCUCAUCAACUUCUUACAGCAUCGUUCAUUUUUUCUUAGCUAAAAUUAUGUUUUGCAAUUAUUUUAAUGGAUUUAUAAUUAAUUGUUUAUUUAACGUUUUUUAAAAAAAUCUAAAUGAAUCAGCUAUAUCAAACCUCUAAUACAUUUCAAGAAUCAUGAAUUUGACUUUGCGUAAAAUAUACUUUUGGCUUUUUUAAAUAUAAAAUUAAUAAUUAAUUUGUAAGUUUAAGUAAAGAUUUACCCUGUAAAAUCUUUAAAUGAAAUUAAAAUUUUUAUUUUCAUAAACUUUUGUUUCAAAUUCAUGAAUCUCGAAAUAUAUUAGCUUUAUUAACUUUUGACGUAGCUGAUCUGUUGAGUUUCUUCCUGACGAGAAAAUAUUUUUAAAAGUUUUAAAGAACAUUUUUUUUUUCUCUAUAGAUAUUUUAAUAUUUUAAUAUUAUUGCCCAAAUUUUAAAAAUUGUUUAACAUUUUGAAAUAUAUUUCUAUAUACAUGAGUAUACGUUAACACAAACAGAGUCAUGAUUAAUCAACUUUCCAAAAAUGUAAAUUAAAUACAGUGACAAAAAGUUUAUUAGAAGCAUAAAAAAAUGAAACCUUUUUUUGAUUUAAGAUGCGAAAAAAACUCGCACGUAAAUUAUAAUUUUGAAGAAAACGAUUCACUAUGUAAGGUGUGAAUGAAUAUCAGAAAAGUAUUAAAUAACGUCACAAAAUAUUGAACAUGUAUGACAGUAAGGCAUCAUAGAGAAACGUGUACUUUCGCUUUUCAUGUUUCAUGACAAGAAAAAAUCAUAUUAAGUAUGACAAACUAGCAGCAACUUUUUUAACAAGUUGCAGAUAGCUUCUUAACACAAUAACCUUAAAUAAGUUCAGUCUAUAUCUGCAAUAUGUAAUGUUAAAGAAUAUCUGCAUAUUACGGAUUAAAUUAAUAGAAAUACAAAUCUACUCUCCAUAUAUUAAAAGCCAAUUCGCGAAAGAUAGUUUUAUUUGCUAAUAAUAUGUAAAAAUAAAACUACUUUUUUUGUUAUAUUUUAAGAAAAGCAUUUAAGCAGCUUAUGCGCUUUAUUAUAUACUCAAUACGGUUUGUAAUCAUAAAGAAUCAAUUUUGAAUUUUAUAAUUACAAUAUUUUUUUCGUUAUUUUAUAUAUAAAUAAAUUUAAUUUAAAAUUUUGAAAUAUAACAAGGAUCUCUCUCUCUCUAAAAUUGAUAAUAAAUAUACGUUACAGAAUCAAUAUAAUCGAUUAUGGGAUUGGUAUUACAAAACAGGUACUCUCAAUAAAAUUGCUUGUAUGUUCUCUCUUUUCUGAGUUUAAUAUACAGAAAUCGAUGGAGUUUAAAUUAAAAAGUCAACUUUUGGCAAUCUUUUUACAAGAUAUGGCAGCUUUGUCGUACAAGAUUCAAUAUUUCUCUAUCACGGAUAUUAUCUUUAAAAGAAAAUAUAUAUCAGAUAAUUUACAUAAUUUCUGUCUUCUUAAGCAUGAGAUAUUGUUCGUUUAUUUGCGUUUACGCCUCCUUUUUUUGAUAAAAAAAGUGAUUGCCCGUAUGAGAAAGAGAGAACGCAUAUAUACGAAUGCAUAUUUAAAAGUGAUAUAAAAAGAGAGGGGAAUACGUAAUUAAUUGUAACAAGAAGUAAGAGAAUGUCAAGCUCGGUAUCUUUACCGAGCUUGCUUGAGCCUGUAGCGUGAUAUAUUAAGACGUGCCUGCUAUAAGAUGUCGUACGUAACUUUCAAAAGUUUGAUCGUAUUUAAUUUUCUAUAUAUGUAUAUGAUUCUAGCGCAUCCUCCAAAAUUCUCUAUUUUUCGCGCGUCUUUUCUCAAAGCAUCACGUUCACGAUGCGAUAAUCGGCAUCAUCAUAUCUUUUUCUAACGCAACUUUUUAAUGAUUGAUUUAAUUAAGAGUAAUCAACAAUCUCUGUCAAAUAUAUUUUAAAUCGAGAAAGGAAAAUAAAUAACCAGAAAUUUGAUGAUAAAAAUAAUGUUAAACUAAAUCUGUUUUUAUAUACAACAUUACGUCAAACAGAUUCUCUAUGAAAAUGUUUGGAAAUUUGCCAAUUUAAAACAUGUAUAGAUAUCAUUGAUAUAACGUGCAUAUCGAAACAGCGAGUUACAAAUCCUUUUUCUUAUUUCGCGGCAAGUAAUAUAUGUAUAAUACGAUAAAAAAUGCGCGGGAACGACGAAGGAAGUGAAAAUAGCGAACAUCUCGGGAGGCAGAAGAUCUAAUCGUUUCGUAUAAAAAAAAAUUUAUAAAAAUAUAUAAUAGAAAUUAUAUAUAUCUACACACACACACACACACAUACACACACGUCGCAUUAUUUAGAUUGCAAAUUGAGACAGUGAUAGUCGAGAGCAUAGCAUUAGAAUUGCGGAGCUCGAUACAAAAUAAUUGAGGAAAUGCACGCAUUAAUCGUUGCUAAUGCGGAUGCUAUAUGGAUAUAUAAUGUAGCUUUAAAGAACACUCCACCGUUAAUCUCUUCGUUUCCACAUAGAGAAAUUUCUUCACGGACACGUGGCACGAAUUAUCUCGAUGCUCAAGACAACGAAUUUGUUGAAUCUCUGUACAUCGAUUGUAUUGUUAAAUUUAAUUAGACAUAUCGGCCGAGUCCGCAAUAAGCAAUAUCAUCAAAUUGUUUGUUAACUGAUCGACCCUAAUUUACGAUUUUAAUCUUUGUAUUCAUCGAAAUUACUCGUGAGACACGCGCAUAUCAAUACGGUAAAUUUUUAAACAAUUUUUCAACGUCGAAAAAAUCUAUUCAGAUUUAUAUCUGCAUAUUAAUUGGCGCAUUAAUGACAAAGAAUAGCACUCAGAGGGAGACGCGAUAAUGCCGCUAGUUUCGAAGGGUUUAAAAAAAUUAUUCAGCAUGAUCGAGACAGCAGAUAGAUUUUCAACAUCCACUUCUACCUCGCGCGAAGAUAACACGGUUUUCCUUCGCCGCAUAACGCGCAAAGUUCAUUCUCGAGUGAAAUUUUUAAUUUUCCACGCGGCAUCGCGCAACAGAUUGUAGCGAGAUGUAUUAAUCUCACUCAGCAUAAAUAAGAUAUAAUACAGUAAGCGAAAUAAAAUUAGUUCUGGAGCUUGAUUAACAUAUAAAUAUAUAUAAAUAUAUUAUACAAGAGUUAAAUGAGACACGUGCGCACCGAAUAUGCAUCUUGUUAUUUAUAAUAAACGGAAAGAAAAAAAUAAUAAAA